AUGAAGGUCACCAGCGUUGUUUCCUACCUGCUGGGAACCGGCCUACUUUCGGCCAGCGUCACCUUGGCCAAGGACAGACACCGCGUCGGCGUUGAGAUCAAGAGCCCCCUUAAGGGUGUCAACUUCCAGCGCAUCAAGGCUUUCCGUGAGGUUGCCCCUGACGAGGUCUCUGACCACCUUCAGGCUCUUAAGCCCUUCCGCAGCAAGAUAGCUGGACACAACGCUGCCACCGCCCUGGGAGCGGCUCAGCCCCGUGGUCUCUCAUCCGCUUACCAGAACAUCACGGCUCUUUCCCCGUAUGGAACCCAGUACGCCGUCGAGGUCAUCUGGGACGGCAAGCCCGUCAACAUGAUCUUCGAUACCGGCAGUAGCGACACCUGGGCCACCAGUUCCAAUUUUACUUGCACCAACAUGGUCGGCACUGCCGUCUACUCUCAAGAGGCUUGUGGCUUUGGCCCAAACAAGAUUGACGGCUUCAAGUACGGUCCUAUCGAGGACAUCCACUUCUCCUUGGGCUACGGCUCUGGCGAGCAAGUGUCUGGCCCCAUGGGUUUCAGCGACAUCGAAGUGGCUGGGAUUACCGUCCAACAGCAACAAGUCGGUCUCGCUAAUAAGACGUACUGGCUGGGCAAUAACUUUACCAACGGCAUCCUUGGACUGGCCUAUCCCUCCAUCACCAGCGCUUUCACUGGCGACAUGGACGAGAAUCGUCCUGCCUUUCAAGUCCCGUACUCUCCCUUCUUCACGAGCAUGGUCCAGCAAGGAUUGGCUGCGGAUUCCUUCAGCGUCUCUCUUGUCCGCAACUCCAGCGGAAUCAUUGGAUGGGGUGGCCGCACCGGUCUGCCGAUAGACGGUCCCACAGCGUACACCGACCUCAUCAUUCUGAAGAGUGAAAAGACAACCAUCAACCCGGAUCGACCUGAAGGCAGCUGGCAGUACUCGUACUACACCGUCCUCGUCGAUGGCAUCCGCUGGGGAUCAACCUCGGACACAAGAAAGUACCCCUACAUCGUCGACACCGGCACUACGCUCAUGUACGUGCCUCCACCUAUUGCCGAGGCCAUUGCCCGGUCUUUCUCCCCGAGCGCCGUCUACCUCUUCCAAUACGGCGGGUAUUUUGCUCCCUGCGAUGCCAUUGCUCCCAAGAUUGCAGUUGUUAUCGAGGGCGCGAGCUUCUUCAUUAACCCGGUGGACCUCAUUUACCCCGGUCUUAGAGACCCUCUCACGGACUAUUGUCAGAUCGGUAUCACCACCGGCGGCACAGGGCCAUAUGUUCUCGGCACUGUCUUCUUACACAAUGUCGAAGCCUACUUCGAUAUCGGCGCUGGCCAGAUGCGUUUCUAUGGCCGAGAAACAUUUGGCGCAACUCCCCAGCUGCCUGAGAAGUAG